UUUGAUUUUUUUCAGGUGCUCGAGUUGGCAGGCAACGCCUCAAAGGAUCUUAAAGUUAAACGUAUCACGCCGCGUCAUUUGCAGUUGGCUAUUCGUGGUGAUGAAGAAUUGGAUAGUCUGAUUAAAGCUACCAUUGCUGGUGGUGGUGUCAUUCCACAUAUUCAUAAAUCCUUAAUUGGCAAAAAGGAGGACAAUGUUCAAGACCCGCAGAGAAAAAAUACUGUAAUUCUCUCCCAAGGGUAUUAAUUCUUAUUUUAAUAAUAACAUUCACUUCUUUUUUAACAACUUAUGAUAAUUUUCGUAUUGUUAUACAAGUAAUAUUAAUUAUCAUAUAAUUUUUUCUUAAAUGAAAAGCCUAACUUUAAAACAAUAUUUUACACGCAAAACGAAAAUUGAUGAAAGCUAAAAUAAAUAAAACAUAAAAUUGUCGAAAUUUAGAGAAGACCAAA